GACGGUAAGUUGGAGCAUAGAAAUGGACGUUUUAUAGUGUAGCCAUUGUUAUUAUGGUCAUGAGGAAGUAGGCUUGAUUAUAAAACUUGCACUAUAAUUAAGAGUUAAAUUAUAAAAAGGAUUUCAUGAUGAAAAGUAAGCGUUGCGAAGUAGUGACACGGUUCUAGGGUGUGGCGCAUGUUUCUUUGAAUCCCUGCACGUCACCGAAACCUGGACGGGGAAUUACUUUUUUUUAAUGCUUCUUGCUUGAUUGCUGUCUGACAUUUUCUCUACUUUGCUUUCUACGGCCUGAAAUGAGCAAGGGUAAUGCAUGUUCUUGUUUCAGUGUAGUCAAAAACUGGUCUAUGUGAUACAUACAAGUGGCUGGGUUUUUUUUAAAAAUACUAUAACAUGAAUGUAGUCCUGCCUAACCAUUCUCGUAUUUUUACUUUUUUGUUUUGUUUCUGUUUUUUGACAUUCUUCCAUGAAAAUAAGAUCUCAAACGAAAAUGCGAAUUGAUCCAAUAAACAUCCAUGUCUUUGUUCUGUGAGAAUACUGUGAGUUCUUUCUUAAUUUCUUCGAAGUUUAUCUCCCCCCCCCCCACGCCCCUCCCACCCAAACCUUUUAAAUUGACCGUCUGCAUUGCUAACUCUGACUGGUUCCUUGUUUUUCAUAAAUGUUAACAAUGAGUUCCACUUAGAAUGAUCAGGACAGCACUUCAAUGUUGUUGUUAUUUUUUAAAAAGAUCAGUGACGGUGCCACAUUGACAGUGCAACUGAAUUGAAGAGAGGCAGUAAGUAAUACAACGAAUGCCUUGUGGAGAGGGGGGCCUGGGGGGGGGGGCUCGUUUAGCCAAGUCCUAACUAAUCUAUUUUUGAUGUCAUUUCUGACAUAUACAAACACAUGAGAACAACGCGGUUUAGCAUCGUCUACGUGCAUCAAUCAAUCUGUUCAAUGGCUUGGUCAACUAACACAUUCUUACGGUAUUGAAGCAAGUAAGAAGAACUAAAAUGACUACUCAGAAUUCUGGGUUUAUUUCUCUUCAAAGGCGUUAGAUUUAAGGGCUAUGCCUCAUUUUUACAAAGAAAUUUACAGGCAAAUAAUUUUAUGUCAAAUCUUUACAGAAUUUCUAAGGUUUAUUAUUUCAUGGCUUAUUUUUACAGAAUUUUAAGGAAAAGUAAUUUUAUGUUAAUUUUUUUCGGGUUGCCGACCCUGACCAGGCGUCAUGAAAGACGAAAUUGCAUCAUUUCAUGACAUCAUUCUUAGAUGUGCAGUCCCCCCCCCCCCAAAAAAAAAAAAAAAAAAAAAAACCCACACACAAAUAUAAAUAAAUAUAAUUCUCAAAGUAUGAAUGUACGGUGUCAUGCUGAUUUCAAUAGCGCGCAAAAUAAAAAUCAUGUUAAAUGCGCAAAAUGAUACUUGAAAAAAGAAAAUACUAUCGCAGGACAUUUGUUGCGUUAUAUUUCCUUGUAUUGCACGGAUAUCGCCUCAAUCUAAAUGGGGUGUCAGAGAUCUACGGUGUACAAAGUGGUGGGACGUUAGAAUAUUAAUAGAGUUCAGGGGCGUGAAAAACAUUAUGUGGUGGCGUACCCGGGGGUGAGGUGUCAGCACUAUUUGGGAUUCUUAUUAAGUGCGCUACUUGAAUACCUGUUUUUUUGUCCAGAAACUUGAGUAGAUUGAAAGCUCAGGGUAGCACCAGCACGAUUGUUUGUCGGGCUACAAUUGACUACACCACCACGAUUGUUUGUCGGGCUACAAUUGACUACACCACCACGAUUGUUUGUUGGGCUACAAUUCACUACACCAACGGAUUGUUUGUCGGGCUACAAUUGACUACACCACCACGAUUGUUUGUCAGGCUACAAUUGACUACACCACCACGAUUGUUUGUCGGGCUACAAUUGACUACACCACCACGAUUGUUUGUCGGGCUACAAUUGACUACACCACCACGAUUGUUUGUCGGGCUUCAACUGACUACACCACCACGAUUGUUUGUCGGGCUACAAUCGACUAAAUUACGGGUUAGAUGUCAUCGGUUUCAUCGGCAUCUUUUCAUUAAUCAUCAGAUUCUUACGGAGGAUACCACUCCAACAAGGGGUGGCAAGGCCACCACUCCAGCAAGGGGUGGCAAGGCCACUGCUCCAGCAAGGGGUGGCAGGGCCACCCCCCCCCCGGCCCCUCUCAGGGAAUGCCCUGUGCAUGUAUUAUAUAAUUGAAUCUUGAAUCACUAAAUUGACAAGGCUGUUGGCCGCCAUUGUUUUAACUGAGACGCCAAAAUAGAAAAACAGAUGACGACGCACAAUGAUCCCGAAACUUUCCAUUAUUCAAACUUAUGUGGACCACCUUUGAGGGUCCCAUAUAUGAGCUAGCUUUUGAGGACCCAUGUAAAGCACCACAUUUGAGGAACCUUCCCCAACCGACUUUUUUUAAAAAAAACUGUAAGAAUGUAUAGUUAAACUAGAGGCCGACCGAAUUUCGGUUUUGGUUUUGCGCCGAAAGUUGCCAUUUGAUAACUAUCAGCGUAGUUUCGGUUUUGACCGAAACUGAAAAGUUAACUUUCGGUUUAUUAUCGGUUUCGGCUGAAAGGGUUUGAGGUUUUCGGUCGUCCACCAGAAGUCCCGCUGUCCAUCUGACUGUCCAUCUUACUGUCCAUCUGACUGUCCAUCUGACUGUCCAUCUGACUGUCCAUCUGACUGUCCAUCUGACAGUCCAUCUGACUGUCCAUCUGACUGUCCAUCUGACUGUCCAUCUGACUGACUGUCCGUCGACCGACAGUCGGAUAUUCAUUAUGGCUCGACAUCUUGCUGUCAUCGUAUGCAGUGGCGUAGCUGGGGGGUGAGGGGGGUGCGUGGACCGCACCAGGUGACACCAUGUCAGGGGGUGACACCCAAUUGAAAAAUUGCAUAUUUACAGUGCACACACUGCUGUUCACUCUAACCGAAUGUCAUAAAAUACUAACAGAUCACACGUAAAGUGUCCACAUAUAUAACUAAUCCGAAUGUGUGCUUUAUAAAAAGUUCAAGGCUGAUGCGUUUGAAAAGAGGUGACCCUAUACUUGGGUCAGAUUGACCCUAUACUUGGGUCAGAUUGACCCUAUACUUGGGACAGAUUGACCCUAUACUUGGGUCAGAUUGACCCUAUACUUGGGUCAGAUUGACACCGUUUCGACCAUGAUUCGAGUGUUCCGUAACCUUCGUAAGCGACACUCUUUUGAUUAAAAUGCACCAUUUAUUAUAGUUUUCGGUACUCUUGAGAUAAAACUUUGCUCCUUUGUUGCAUCCGCUCACUGAUGAGAUGUUUCAAUUGAACACACGGGAAUGCCGGUGAAGAGAAUGGCAACAACGCCUGCUGUUGAAACAGUAAAAGAUACGCCUGAUGAAUGUGUGACGGCGAUUGAAGCUCUUUGUGAUCCUCUUGAAAUUUUGGAUCUAAGAGGUAGAGCACAAGGUCUUUAGCGUGCUGUCUGUGAUUUCACGUUCAUCUGCUACCUUUUUUCUUUGGGCUGAUCUACUUGAGGAAGUUAAUCUUGCACAGCAGUAUCUGCAGACCAAAGGCUUUACUCUUAACAAAGAGGUGACCAACCAAUCUGCAAUAAUCCGGGUACCCGGUCAGACAAAAUGUUAACACUGUUCAGUACUACUUUUUUUUUAGCGAAGAGGCCCUUAACCUAAAUCAAAACUUGCUUAUGACUAUAUUUUACGAAAUAUUUCACACCAUUUUUUUAAUGCUAUUUUGUGAAAUGGGACUUCAUUGCGCGUACAGCACAUGUAACAGGGCUCUAGAUGCAAGGAGUGUUCUAACGCUGUGCUGGAACACACUUUGAGCUGCCAUGUUUUAAGAAAUAUUUGUCCGACGUCUAAAAAUAGCAACGCUAUGACGUUUUCCGGUCUGAGAAAGGACAAACCUUAUAGUCGUCUCAUAGUAAUAUCAGACGACUAUUUGUUAGGUUUUGACUCUCACUUCGGUAUCACAAUCAUUCACCACAACACUGCAUAGUUCACUUCACGAUCCAAGUUUAUUCACCUUGACAAUUUAACAAUUCCUUAAACCAUUGCUGUCAUAUUAAGAUAGGAAUAAUAGUCAAGACUUUCCAGCAAAACACUCAGCAACACACAACAAGUUACAAUGUGAAUAUUCUACAACUACUCUCCCGUACGGCAAUCAAUCCACCAUAACAACAACCAAACUACCACGUCAUUUCCCCUUACCCAAUUACGUCACGAAACUCUCAACAUAAUAGAUACAGCUACACAUAUACUCUCUAUACAAAACAUCUUUUCCAUACCGAACAUUGACUGUAACGACAAACAUAACAACAGUGAUUCCCAUACAUUUGACACAGACCAUCACACUCGGUCGGUCUCUAGUUAGGAAAAACCCCAUAAGUUGCUCAAGGCUUGUUUCAUUGUUUCAUUCUGUUGAAACUAGUUAACAUACUCACUGAUCGAUUUCAUAUAUGCACACACACAACAUUAAUAUUUGUACACAAUUGAAAGGGUUCUAAGGUUUUAAUCUGCCCGCACCAGGUCCACCUUCGUGCAAGAAAAAGCUAUCAUAAUUUAUGUCCAUCAUCCGUUUAAAAAUGUAUGACGACAUGAAGAUCCCAUCAAUAUGUAAUAACUUGCAAUCCGUUAAGUAUGUAUAGAUCAGAAAUAGGUCAGGUCUUUAUCUGUGAUGUUCAAACUUUCUUUGAUCUCGUCGGUGAAAACUGGUCAGAUACUCCACGUUAAGCAAGGCCUAAUCCGAGGCAUUAUUUAGUGGUGUAAGUGGGGGCGUCUGCCUCUCAGCCCCUGAGCCCAUUUGUAAUAUAUAUAUAUAUAUAUAUAUAUAUAUAUAUAUAUAUAUAUAUAUAUAUUCAAAAAACAUAACAUUUGUGUAAAAACCAUUUUUUACUCUUUCUCUGUAGAGGCAUUAUUUAGUGGUGUAAGUGGGGGCGUCUGUCUCUCAGCCCCUGAGCACAUUUGUAAUAUAUAUAUAUAUAUAUAUAUAUAUAUAUAUAUAUAUAUAUAUAUAUGGAUUCAAAAAACGUAACAUUUGUGUAAAAGCCAUUUUUUACCCUUUCUCUGUGCAAAGAAGACAAGGUUAAGCUAUUAAUAGCACAAUGCCAAUUUAACACAAAUGAGAGUAGUAUGACGUUUUCGUUCAGGGAGUGCAUUUCCUAAAAGUAGAUUAUUGCGUACAGAUUAGCUAAAGCGUGUCUCAAACAACCAUCUUUUCUGUAGCAUUACGUGUUUGGUGCUAAUAUUUCACAACUCCAACUCUCAGCCUGCAAAAAUAAAGCGUUUGGGAUAUGUUUAUUCUUUAAAUAAAUUAAAAAACUGGUAUCCUCUCACAAGUUUUAUAAAUAUCAUAGCAUGACUUAUGAUAAGAUAUUUGUCAUCGUUAGACCAUUUGAAACACUAAUAUUAUUUAUGAAAGGGUUUUAAUGUUACCAUAAUAUUAAUAAUGGAGGUUUGUCUCCAUUGGUGGCCGGUGUAGGUGUCUACAAGAGUUGGUUCGAGAGUUUGGCGUGUUUGAGUGACAAGGCCGGUGAUUCCCAUUGACAAUGAUACUAAACCCCAGAACUUACCCAAAACGGCAGCGAAACAAUUAAAAGCAUAUACGAGAAAUAAAGAAUAAAGAAAAAAAAAAACACUUAUUUUCAUUUUAAAUAUUUCUUGCUACGCCCAAGAAUUGAUGUUAUCUAGAAAAUAGCAUAUGUUCUCUUCAAUAGGAACAUUAGACGAGAAUCAUCGUGGGCAUUUCUGAGCUGUCAGUUUGUACUCGGACCGAGACCAGGCCAUUAAUUCAUCAUUCACCUCACCACAUCGCCCACUAGUAAAGUCAUUACCUGUACAAGCAACAAAACCACCAGGUAAGUUGUGUUCGCCGUGUUCUUCUUUUAUUUUGCAAACAAUGAUAGACUCGUUUCUUGAUUAACAAUACUUUAAAAUUGAUUUUUCAAUUACGUGUGUAAAGGAGAAGUGUAAAAAAAAUUCUUAAAAUUAGCAGAACUGCAUACCUCUACAUAUAUUAAAACACACCAAUCUAUGCGAUGAAGUUAACAAGCAGAUUGAAAAGAAAGAUGAAGACCUAUAAUUUAAAAAAAAAAUGUUGUUAUCUUUUAAAUUGGACUAUGUUUUUUUUUAAAAAUAUCAACGUGAUGUAUUAAAUCAGAUGAAUUGUGGGAAACUUUUUUACAUUUAAAAAAAAAAAAAAUUCUUGACAAAUGGUUGAACUGUUGUGAAAUGCGCUCUCUUCAUAGGUAGUGUCACCGAGUGCAAUCAUCUUCUAGUGUUCACAACACUCAUCUUUGUUUUUUUUAUUUUAGAUAAUUACUUUUACCAACAAGGCAUCAUAAAAACACGAAUACGUUAUUUUAGUGCGUGUGUUUGGCGUGUUGUUUGAGUGCGUGUUUUGGUGUGUUGUUGGUUGAGUGCCUGUGUUUGGCGUGUUGUUUGAGUGCCUGUGUUUGGCGUGUUGUUUGAGUGCCUGUGUGUGGCGUGUUGGUUGAGUGCCUGUGUUGGGCGUGUUGGUUGAGUGCCUGUGUUUGGCGUGUUGGUUGAGUGCCUGUGUUUGGCGUGUUGGUUGAGUGCGUGUGUUUGGCGUGUUGUUUGAGUGCCUGUGUUUGGCGUGUUGGUUGAGUGCGUUUGUUUGGCGUGUUGUUUGAGUGCGUGUGUUUGGCGUGUUGUUUGAGUGCCUGUGUUUGGCGUGUUGGUUGAGUGCCUGUGUUGGGCGUGUUGGUUGAGUGCCUGUGUUUGGCGUGUUGGUUGAGUGCGUGUGUUUGGCGUGUUGUUUGAGUGCCUGUGUUUGGCGUGUUGGUUGAGUGCCUGUGUUUGGCGUGUUGGUUGAGUGCGUGUGUUUGGCGUGUUGUUUGAGUGCGUGUGUUUGGCGUGUUGUUUGAGUGCCUGUGUUUGGCGUGUUGGUUGAGUUGCGUGUGUUUGGUGGGCGGGUGGGGUUAUAUUAACAGCAACAUAAAGGUUAAGCCUCGUCCAACUAAGGGAAGAUAAAUCAUAAGUUAUCUUGUGUGCACGCUGUGACCCACAUACUUUAAUUACGGCCCUUGAGUCUUGACAGUUUUGACAGUAUUAACAUUAUUGACAGUUCUCGAUAACGAACUCACGAUAGAUUACAAGACAAACUUGGUCGGUUAAAGAUUUUAUUAAUACAUAAUCAUAUUAUUUUCUUUAUGUUUCACUUAAAACGAACUAUUUACUGUUGUAUACUUUUCACUAUUGGCAUUUACUUCUACUUUCUUUCAUUUUCGUAGCGUAUAUUGGAAAUAGGGUGUACGCGUCCAAUAUUUAAGACAGCGCCUUUCAGAUGUAUUUAAUCAAACCCUAAAGGCCAAGUUUUUUUUGGUAUAAAUCCUUUACAAACUGUAACAUCGAGUAAUGGGGAGGGGGGGGGGUUGCUGAUAAUGUGACAAAACAUGCAUUCAAGUAAGGCACUUUAUAAGAAUCCCAUUUCCUGGUGGCUCCCCCCCCCCCAAAACGACCCCCCCCCCCACAAGGCUCGCAACCAUACAUUUUUGUCACGUCCCUGAGCCUCAUUUAUAUUCUAAUGGCCCACCCGCUGUUACACCAGAGAUUUAUUUCACCAUGUAUUUCAGAAAAAACAAAAGAAAAUAUUACGCAUCAAACGCCCUUGCGGUAUAUUUGUUCAAAUAAUCUCAUUUAUCACAGUUAUCGGGAGUUUUAUUUCGUGAAAUCAGUGACAUCAUAUUUCCUUCAUCUUCCCCUUUAAAAAAAAAAAAAAAAAAAAAAAAAAAAAAGCUGAUUUUUGGGGGGGUUGGGGUGGGGAAGAAAAUUUGAAAGAAUGAUUAGUCAGCGUCAACGAGUGUGUGUGCCAAGUUUCAGCUCGAUAGGUUGACGGGAAGUGAGCCCAUUAGCCGUCCAACGUUGUUUUCCACACAUCCAGUCAGAAAUAAACACGUGAACAAAAGCGAAGUUAAUAUAAAGGAUUUUGACGCGACAGCUUACAUCUAGGACUGCAUCUGUACUCGAAUAUCGCACAUCAACGUGGUUUGACGUAUAUUGAAACAAAUACAUAACCAGCGACCUCAUUUGUAAUUGGAGAACUGCUGUAUUCUGACACACUUCUCUGUUACAUGACGCAAUUAGUAAUUUAAUCAAUUGAGCGGUUGAUAUUCUCGUUUAUUUAACAUAAAUGUUGCGCUACCGAUAGAAAAAAGAAUAACUUUAAAAGUGUAUUUUGUAUUUACAUUCGGAACUCUUGGCUGCGUAGUCAGACACUUGUCCGUGACAGAUCAGUAAACGUCUGCGCCUGUGGAAGAUUGCUUUAUUUUUUAACAUGGAUCGAUCAAUCAAGAUUGAAGGGGGCGGGGGCAAACUUUUUCAAAAUCUACUCCUAUAAGCAAAUGCUCCAACUGCACACUCCGGCUAAUCCAAGGAUUUUGAUGAGAUAAGAUUCUUUAUUGAUCCAAAUAAGUGGAAAUGUUUUGUUUUUUUUAUAAUUACAUUGUACCAAUUCAUUUUCAUCACAUAAAUAAAUAAAUACAUUUGUAAACCAAGACAACAUUUUACAAUUACAACAAAUUGAACACAAGUCAUCUUAAGUAUUUCUCUAACGUAGAAAUCAGCCAUAAAUGAACUCCUUUAUUGAUAAUAAUGACUUAAUUAGUGAUCAUUUAGAUUUGGUAACAAAGGGAGGGAGGGGGGCAUCACGCUGGUACAUUCGUACAGACUGGUUGUUUGUUUGUUUGUUGUUUUUUUUUUUUGUUUUUUUUUUUUUGGGGGGGGGGUUGGGGGGUGAUCACUCCGCCCUUGAACAUUUUCAUUAUUUAAGGAUAAAACGUAUGCCUUUAUCUUACCAGCACCUCCCCCUACAUCUGGCCACGUCUCUACCUUGUGUCAACUCCAGCGGCGCCACCAAGCUGCAUCAACUCAACGACUUGUUUCAGGUCUGUUCGUUAGUGCAGUACUUCCGGGUCAAUGCAACCAGGGGGGUUUUUAAAUGAUUUUUUUUUUAUCUUUGAGUAUCAUGACUUGCAUUCCAUGACGUCACCAGUCCAUUAACUGUCCACAAACUGGUUCGUUAUAUCCGUCCAGGUAAUCCAUCACAAUGUGUUAAUACCUCAAAGCUGCUUGACCCCAGGUGUGUGGCUGUUCGUUGAUUGGUUUGAUGAUGUACAUCGCAUGUUCUCAAUCCGUUGUUCCGGGCGACAGGCCAAUUAUCCCCCCCCCCAUAAAAAACAACAUAUCAAAACACUUGUUUCAUAUAAUAUAAUACCUGUGCCUGGUUAGAGCAAUGAUACUGUAAAAGGUACGCAUUUAAAGGGUUAUUUAAAGGUAUUUAACAGGGCUCCCAGACAAAUGAUCCCACGACAGGGGAACCUACGACAACCUACCACAAGAUAAACAAAACGAUCACAGGUCUGUGUGGUCACAUGCCUGUGUGGUCACAUGUCUGUGUGGUCACAUGCCUGUGUGGUCACUUUUCCGUCAAGGGUUCGGUUGUCGUGGGUUCAGUUGUCGUAGGUUCACCUGUCGUGCGUUUAGUUGUCCGCUCACCAUUUAACAGUAUCAGUAUCGAUACUAGCCACCUCUGAGUAAACAUGCAUAGUGAGUACUCCUUCCAUCCACCCACCCACCCGUGACGUACUCGUGUAAUAAUAUAAUCUUAUUUGUGUUUAAAACAAACAGAUGAACUGUUUUUUUGGGGUGAAAUCUUUGAAAGUAUCUGUCCUUAACAUCUGUCAGGUCUGAUGUUGAAAAAACAUGUGAGAUAAUUGCAAACACAAACCUAUCUUCCACAGAUGUGUGUAAUUUCAUUGUGACCAGUACAUUUGCAUGAAUUAUUAUAGCUCUUAUAAUAUUUGCAUGCAUUUUGUUUGCUAUGUUGAAAGUGUAAAACAAUCCAAACGAUUCAGUCCAGGCUUACAUUCAUUCACCGGUCAACAUCCGAAGAUAUCAAUUUAAAUCACUAGGCAGUUAAUUUGUGUAAGGAGUUAGUUACCCAGAUUGGGAACCACUGGACCAAAUCUAUAAGUCUAUUCAUUUUUUUAAAAAAAUUAUUUAACUGCUUCAGAUCCAUAUGGACCCCAGCUUCAGCUUCUAACUUUUAAUUAAAUCAACAGAUGACUUUUUUAAUUAAUUUAUUUAUUUAUUUAUUUAUUUAGGCAUUUUUAUAUAGCGCUUACCUUAAAGCUCUAAGCGCUUUACAAUUAUUAAAAACAUGUAAACUAACUAAAAUAAAAAUGAGACAUUAGGAUAGUAACUACUAUACUAUAGAAACAAUGAAAAUGGCUAUAAAACGAGGACACUUUGGCACGUUUUGGCCUAUACUGCAGGAUCAACCCGAGACAGAAAAUGAGGCAGGGCAAGGAGGGUGCAUCACAGGUCAUAGGCGGACCUAAACAGAUGGGUUUUAAGGGACUUUUUAAAAGUGGACGAGGUUUCACAAUGACGGAUAUUGAAGGGGAGCUGGUUCCAGAACGUGGGCCCAUGGAAGUAGAAGCAGCGUUCACCGAUGGUCUUAGUUUUGGUUCUUGGGAUUGAGAGGGUUCUGUUGUCAAUGGAAGAGCGUAGUUGUCUUGUGGGGAUGUGUGCUUUUACUGUGUGCUUUAGGAUUUUUAAAUGAGUUUCACGCAAUCACUACAAAGGGCUCGGGCGGAGCUAUUUCCACUUUGUUCUACCUUCCUCAUAACCCCAGUUAAACGCACAGGGGCAUCGGGUCACGGCUGCGAUGCAAACAAAACAUAACGUUCUCCUCUACUAGGAUUGCGACCCGAGCUUACACAAACAUGGUUGUGGUGUACGCAAGGCACUUAUGUCAAUUUAUUCGACGAGACUAUUUUAUGACAUUUUUUUUUUGAACUACAAGACUUUCUUUUUAAAACUUUCAAUGUGUUUCAUUUAUGUCUUGUACAAAGUGGUUUGAUGCUAUCGUGACGUUUGGCAAACAAAUUUAUAGGUCACGACUCGUGUUAUGCAUGGCUUCAUGUUAUUGGAUAUUUAAAUAUUAGGAAUAACAAACACUUUUUUUUUUUUUUUUUUUUUUGGUUUUUUAAAAUUUCGGAAAUGUGGGGGGGGGGGGGGGGGAUGACAUUUUGACAAAGUUUACAAAAUGUGGAACCAAACCGAAGCUGCUACGUCAGUAAGAAUAGGAAUGCCUCGCAAACAAAUGUUAACGACAUGCGGCCAUGUUGUAACGGAUUUACUGAAGUUGGCGAUCAAAGUAGGACACUUGAAUGAUAACUGUUGCGUCAAAUCGAUUUCAACGGGAGCAGAAAAUUAUUCAACGUGGAAUUACUGCCUGCUCAACUAAAUUUUUUUUGGUGAAACUUGUGAACACUUCAAGCACAAAUGACAUGGAUGUAGAUAACGUAACAUGACGUGCACGGGUGGCAACUCUAACCAAAUACUAUAAAACUAUAAGAAGAUGAUCCAAACCAGUCCAAUAUCCUCUUUGUUACCUGUGCCCCUCCUCCAUCUUGGAAUUAUCACAAAGAAAGGCUUGAAAUAUUACACGAAUUAAAUAAUAAUCAUAAUAAUAAUAAUCAUAAUAAUAAUAAUCAUAAUAAUAUUAAAGGAAACACCAUUUCGUUAUUGUCGUUUAUUUAUUUCUGAUAGAUUUUUUAAAAAUUUGUCUUUAAGUCAAAUUGCCUUUUUUUAAAUUGUGUUAUUCCCAAAGAAUAAAGUGUUAUGUUAACGUUUCUCUGUCAACAAAUUGCUGAACAUAAGUUAACUACAAUGUACACGUGUCUCAAAAGGGUGUAUUGUCAUAAGUAAGUUAACUAAAAUGUACACUUGACUCAAAAGAGCGUAUUGUCAUAAGUAAGGUAACUACAAUGUACACUUGUCUCAAAAGAGUGUAUUGUCAUAAGUAAGGUAACUACAAUGUACACGUUUCUCAAAAGGACGUAUUGUCAUAAGUAAGGUAACUAAAAUAUACACUUGUCUCAAAAGAGUGUAUUGUCAUAAGUUAGGUAACUACAAUGUACACGUGUCUCAAAUGGGCGUAUUGUCAUAAGUAAGUUAACUAAAAUGUACACUUGUCUCAAAAGAGUGUAUUGUCAUAAGUAAGGUAACUAAAAUGUACACGUGUCUCAAAAGGGCGUAUUGUCACAAGAAAGGUUACUAAAAUGUACACUUGUCUCCAAAGUGCGUAUUGCCAUAAGUAAGGUACCUACUGUGUAUACUUGUCUCAUAAGAGCAAUGCUCCAAGCUGGUCUGUAUGAUCUUAACCCUGUAAUUAGACUACAACUCAAAACUUAAUCUUGACGCACACAUAAUGUCACGGUGCUAUCUUAACGUACAAGUAAUGUCACGGUGCUAUCUUGACGCACAAGUAAUGUCACAGUGCUAUCUUGACGCACAAGUAAUAACACGGUGCUAUCUUGACGCACAAGUAAUGUCACGGUGCUAUCUUGACGCACAAGUAAUGUCACGGUGCUAUCGUGACGCUAUAAUUGUCAUUAAAACUCAGUAGGACGUCAUACAUGUUGUUUUUAAUCUAGAUAAAUUCCUGCUCAAAGUUUAGUUAACGCUUACAAUGAUCUAUUUUGUCUGCAGCAGACAUGACGUCCCAAGUAUGUCGUUUUAUCACUGUGCUGGCUGUAGCCGCCAUCACUGUUUGCCGAGUGGGUGCAUUCGAGAAUGGGGCGCCAGACUCCACCUGUGACAGUAUGCGCCCCUCACAUUAUCAAGUGAAGGGAAAUGACAGCACGCCCCUGGUGGAGCCUCUCAGAGAAGAACUUUAUUUUAGCAUCCACGUGAACACCACCACGGUUAAACCUGGGGAUCACGUGGAAGGUAAGAUCCUAACCACGGUUAGACCUGGGGAUCACGUGGAAGGUAAGAUUGCUAACCACGGUUAAACCUGGGGAUUCCUGGGAAGGUAAGAUACUAACCACGGUUAAACCUGGGGAUUCCUGGGAAGGUAAGAUACUAACCACGGUUAAACCUGGAGAUCACUUAUACGGUAAGAUGCUAACCACGGUUAAACCUGGGAAUCACGUAUAAGGUAAGAUACUAACCACGGUUAAACCCGAGGUUUACGUAGACAGUAAUAUAAUGUCCAUUUUUAAACACGGAAAUUACGUGGACAACGAAUAAUUACCAAGGUUAAACCUGGGGAUCACGUGGUAGGUAAUAAAACAUAAUUACUGUUCACGCACAAUUUUUUCAAACUUUCAUUUUGCUGAAUUUUGUUUCCCGCCUGAAUAUAGCAAUAUGUCUUGCCCAAAAUUCACUGAGUACCGGAAAUUUGAUCGAAAGAAAUUGCGUCGACGGAAAAUUGAUCGACGGAAAUUUGAUCGAAUGGAAAUUUGGUCGAAUCUUUUUUUUUUGUUCCAGUUAGCACGUUAAAAUGUUCGUCAAAUAUCUUUUUGAACGCACGAUAUUAUGUAGUAAAACAAAAUAAUGCGGUCAAAAAGAGAUUUGACGCAAAAUUUAAACGUGUGCACUGAUAAAAAGAUUCGACCAAAUUUCCGUUGUGCCCCGUGAACUGAUUGAGCUCCAUGCAAAUUUGCCUUGUUGCCCAAUCUGCGAUGGCCCCCAUUGCUUUUGUUUGCUUUAUUAGCGACGUAUUUUUGUUAGUGUCUAAAUCCUUCGCGGACGGCUAAUUGGCCCACUUCGCGUCAGCCUAUCGAGAUAAAACUGGGUGACCAGACUCGUUGCCGAUGACGACACAUCCUUUCAAAUCUUCAGCCUCACCACCUCACCCCCCAAAAAUAGGUUUUUCCCUGUGUCGCAAGGGGAAGAUGAAGGGGAAAAUGAUGACACGUUUUUCCCGAUAACGGCACCAUAUGAGAUUCUUAUUUCUAUUUUUAAAUAACGCAAGUGCUUUUGGUGCGUAAUAUUUUAUUUUAUUUUUCUGAACGAGUUUUGUGAAAUAAAUCUGCGGUGUAAAGGCGGGCGGGUCAAUGGAAUAUUAAUAUAGUUCAAGGGUGGGAAAAAACGUGCGUGCGCUUACGAGUCGGGGGGGGGGGGGGACGACAAAUUUGGAUUCUUAUAACGGGCGUUACUUGCAUCCGUGUUUUGUCAAAUUUUUUACCCCCACCCCCAUUUCUCAAUAUUACAUUUUAUUAAGGUUUUAUACUUUUUUUUAUAUGUUGUUUAAUUUUCUUAAUAAAAAUUGUAUACUUAAUAACGGCAUCUAAUGAAUUAAUUCCCAUCAGAGCUUCAUGUCUCCUGAUGUUCACGCAAGUCUAAUUAAAAGCAACGAUCCCACAUCACAAACGUUGAUACUUCUCACUUUGUUUUGGCUUCAAGAGAUGUCUGUGGACUGUCGCAUUUUUUAUAGACCCCCACCCCCCCCCCCUAAAGAUCUUGGGGACUUUUAUGGUCAAGACAUUGAAGUCAAAUGUUUUACAGACUUCCGUUUGUUUAACGGACGUUUUGGCAUACUUGGGUGGGAAACAGAGAAUAAAUUAUUUCUUCGGAUGAAACGACCCUAAGGGACAGCUUGAGAACCACUGACUCGGACCAACUUGAUAAAAUAGUCCAAUCAAUCCUAAAAGAUAUUAGAAUUGUAUCCUAUAACAAGCUUUGUAUUUGUUUAAUCAGUCAUUCGUUAAAGUACAAGAAUUUGGUUGACAUCUUUUCCAGUGUUUCUGAAAGCCGACAAGAAUUAUUUCGAGGGGUUUGCGCUACAAGCCCGGGAUGUUAGCGAGGUCAAAGGCUCUCCAGUUAAGAAAUACGGGACCUUCAAGUCGGUCAACGUGACAGAGGCAAAGACUUUCUGUGUAAGUUGGUGCACGUGACGUCAGGGCAAGUGGUUCACCAGAUGGUAACAGUCGGUCGUCCGCAUACAGCAACCCGGCCAUGGUCAUAUUAUGCACAAUAUCAUGAAAUUUGUAUCUGCUUUUUUUGAGCUAGUUUAAAUUAUUGAAUUAAAGAGAUCAUUUUUUUUAUUAAAUCUCAUGUGACUUUAAGAUUUUUCAGAACACCUUCAAAUAAUGAUAUUCGACGAUAAUAGAUGCACAUUCCAAACAAUAUUGUUUUGUGUGUCAUGUCAAACUAAAAGCUUCAAUUGUAUUAGAAAACUUGGUCUGGUCUCUUACUAAGAUAGCAUUUAAUAAACGAUUUUUAAAAAAACAGCAGUAAACACAAGGAAAGCUCGUUUUAUCGUGGAGAUCUUUUUAUUCGGGACCGAGUUGUCGAAUUCUUCACGCGUAGUAAUCUAAUUGUUAAACCCAUUAUUUUUCUCAACGUAAACGCCUCUGAUGGCUUUGCUCUAUUCAAAAUUGUGCGAGUUUUUUUUUUGUUUCCAGAACAGUCAAGGGAUAACUCAGGCCAUGCACAAGAAAUGGAACAACAUCACAGUUAUCUGGGUGGCACCUAGCGAACAUUUUGGGACUGUCCAGUUCAAGUAAGCAACGAGAUCAAAUUUAAUCUAGUUGUGUUAAUGUAAUCUUAGAGGAUUUUUGGUAGUCCCAUUAAACUAACAGCCAGAACUUAUUGCAAUCAUCGGUUCAUUGUUUUUGGCGUCAAUACUCGACGGCCAGACUUGGCAGACCGAAUUAGUGGCCAGACUCGACGGCCAGACUCAACGGCCCGACAUGGCAGACCGACUUGGUGGCGAUACUCAACGGCCCGACAUGGCAGACCGAAUUGGUGGCCAUACUCGAUGGCCAGACUCAACGGCCCGACAUGGCAGACCGACUUGGUGGCCAUACUCAACAGCCCGACAUGGCAGACCGAAUUGGUGGCCAUGCUCAACGGCCCGACAUGGCAGACCGACUUGGUGGCCAUACUCAACGGCCCGACAUGGCAGACCGACUUGGUGGCCAUACUCAACGGCCUGACAUGGCAGACCGAAUUGGUGGCCAUACUCAACGGCCCGACGACUUGGCGGCCUGACUCGGUGGCCAUACUCGACGGCCCGACUUGGCAGCCCGACUUGGUGGCCAUACUCAACGGCCUGACAUGGCAGACCGAAUUGGUGGCCAUACUCAACGGCCCGACAUGGCAGACCAAAUUGGUGGCCAGACUCGACGGCCCGACAUGGCAGACUAACUUGGUGGCCAGGCUGGACGGCCAGACUUGGCACAAUGGGAAUUUCAACUUCCAGCAAAUUUUUUGUUUUGAAUUCAUCAGAAGACGCCCCAACCCCAGACUCUCAAAGCAUGAAGUUUUGGGGAGAUUGUGGUGGCCUGAGUUCGGACUCUUAAAACAGUAAUGUUGGCGUGGGGGGGGGGUGUUGUAGCGCCUUCAACCACCGAGGUAGGAAGACAGCAGGCAACGCGGAAUGGAAUUAAAAAUCUCUCUACGCAAGACUGGAUGUUGCGUUACCAUUGAAACUAGAGACCGACCGUAAGUGAUUUUCUGAUUUCUGCCUAAGCCGAAAAUAGGCCGAAAGUUUAAAAAUGACUUUCAGCCGAAACCGAAAAAAGGCCGAAAGUUAAAAAUGACUUUCGGCAGAAACGAAACCGAAAAUGAAAUAUUUAGAUAUUUUGAAAUUCGUUCCCGCAUACAUUCUGCAUACAUCGAAAAUGAUUGGGGAAAGUAUAAAUAUUUACAUUCUUUUUAUAAAAAAUUAGAUAAUCGUGACUAUCAAUAAAUAAACAUCUAAUAUAACAUCUUGUUGUUAAAGAUCGUUUAGUUUGUUCUUAAAGAUCGCUUAGUUUGUUGUUAAAGAUCGUUCAGUUUUUUGUUAAUGAUCGCUUUAUUUGUUCUUAAAGUUCGGUUAGUUUGUUCAUAAAGAUCGCUUAGUUUAUUGUUAAAAAUCGUUUAUUUUUUUUUUUUUUUAAGAUCGCUUAGUUUGUUCUUAAAGAUCACUUAGUUUUUGUUUAAAGGUCUUUUAGUUUUUUUUUAUUAAAGAUCAUUUAGUUUGUUCAAAAAAGAUCGCUAAGUUUGUUCUUAAAGGUAAUUGAUUUUGUUCUUAAAUAUCGCUUGUUUGUUCUUAAAGAUCAUUCAGUUUGUUCUUAAAGAUUAUUCCGUUUGUUCUUAAAGAUCUUUCAGUUUGUUAUUAAAAAUCGUUUAGUUUGUUCUUAAAGAUCGCUUAUUUUGUUGUUGAAGAUCGCUUAGUUUUUUCUUAUAGAUAAUUGAUUUUGUUCCUUAAGAUCGUUUAGUUUGUUCUUAAAGAUUAUUUAGUUUACUAUUAAAGAUCAUUUGUUUUGUUUUUAAAGAUCAUUUGGUUUGUUCUUAAAAAUCGCUUAGUUUGUUCUUUAAGAUCGUUUAGUUUUUAAUUAAAGAUAGCUUAGAUUGUUCUUAAAGAUCGCUUAGUUUAUUUUAAAGAGCGUUUAGUUUGUUCUUCAAUGUCGCUUAGUUUGUUGUUAAAUAUCUUUUAGUUUGUUCUAAAAGAGCGCUUAAUUUGUUCUUAAAGAUCGCUUUAUUUGUUUUUAAAGAUCGUUUAGUUUGUUCGUAAAGAUCGCUUAAUUUGUUCUUAAAUGUCACUUAGUUUGUUGUUAAAGAUCGCUUUUGCUGAGAAUUAGAUGAUCGAAAACCUCAGUCACUUUCGGUCGGAUGGCCGAAAGUCUAAGUCAAUUUCGGCCGAAACUGAAAAAAAAACGAAAGUUAACUUUCUCUUUCGGCAGAAACCGAAAUUAAGCCAAAAGUUAACUUUCAUUUUCGGCCGAAAACGAAACUUGGCCGAACGUGAUAAAAUGGCCACUUUCGGCGCCGAAACCGAAGCCGAAGCCGAAAUUCGGUCGGUCUCUAAUUGAAACUACAGCUGCGGGAAUACAUCUAGAUCUUGAACAACAAAUCCAAAGAGGACUGGACUUUGACUUGUAAAAUUUUAAGAGUUUGAUUGAGCUUGAAUCUGCCCUAUAUCUGAUGUUAGAUCAGGAAAGGACAAUUAACCAAAUUCUGAAAUUAUGUAUUAUGUAUUUAUGAAGUGGUCUUUAAUUAAUUAGAUACCAAUCCCGCUAGUCCAACUUAGUCCAAUCUCAUUAUUGACAGCUCACGUAUUCAAGCUCACUAAUCCAAACACACUUAUCCAAACUCACUAAUCCAAACUCACUAAUCCAAACUCACUAAUGCAAACUCACUAAUCCAAACUGACUAAUCCAAAGGCACUUAUCCAAACUCACUAAUCCAAAGGCACUAAUCCAAACUCACUAAUCCAAACGCACUAAUCCAAACACACUAAUCCAAAUGCACUAAUCCAAUCGCACUAAUCCAAACUCACUAAUCCAAACUCACUAAUCCAAACGCACUAAUCUUAACGCACUAAUCCAAACUCACUAAUCCAAACUCACUAAUCCAAACUCACUAAUCCAAACGCACUAAACCAAACUCACUAAUCCAAACUCACUAAUCCAAACUCACUAAAACUCACUAAUCCAAACUCACUAAUCCAAACUCACUAAUCCAAACUCACUAAUCCAAACUCACUAAUCCAAACUCACUAAGCCAAACUCACUAAUCCAAACUCACUAAUCCAAACGCACUAAUCCAAACACACUAAUCCAAACUCACUAAUCCAAUCGCACUAAUCCAAACUCACUAAUCCAAACUCACUAAUCCAAACUCACUAAUCCAAUCGCACUAAUCCAAACGCACUAAACCAAACUCACUAAUCCAAACUCACUAAUCCAAACUCACUAAAACUCACUAAUCCAAACUCACUAAUCCAAACUCACUAAUCCAAACUCACUAAUCCAAACUCACUAAGCCAAAGGCACUAAUCCAAACUCACUAAUCCAAACGCACUAAUCCAAACACACUAAUCCAAACUCACUAAUCCAAUCGCACUAAUCCAAACUCACUAAUCCAAACUCACUAAUCCAAACUCACUAAUCCAAUCGCACUAAUCCAAACGCACUAAUCCAAACUCCCUAAUCCAAACUCACUUAUCCAAACUCACUAAUCCAAAUUCACUAAUCCAAACGCACUAAUCUUAACGCAAUAAUCCAAACUCACUGACCCCAAACUCACUAAUGCAAACACAUUUAUCCAAACUCAGUAAUCCAACCUCGCUGAUCUAACUUUACUCUUAUCAUAUUAUUCCUCAGAGCCACCGUCGUCAAAGGUUAUCGCAGCUUCUUCAUGAACGUUCACUCCCAGGAACUGAUGCACCACACAGGUGCUGGUGUGACAGUCAUUCCGUCCGCAGCACUUACUGUCACACUUGCUGUCAAGCUUGUAAUCAUGGCGCUGACAUGUUAACAGGUGACCGUGUGUCGGGAGUAAGCCACAUGCACUCGGUGACCCGAGGGAUUGACAAUGUCAAAUGUCCCCGUGUACAGCUCUUGUGACGCCUGUCAAUAGACACGCUGGGUGAACAAGGUUCGCCAGAGCAAACAGGACCCGGGGCUGGGGUGGGCUUAAGGCAGCGGUUCUCAACCUGUGGGGUCGCAAGCAAUGUUCCCUCUAAGGUGUGUUGGUUCGUGUGCAACAUCCUGCAGCUGUGUGCAAAGUUUUACAGCAACAAUUUUUAUUCGUGCAAAAUCUUACAGCCCAAAAACACAAACAUACACUUACAUGGAAAUUUGCUGCGCGGAUACUCGAAACUGCUGCGCGGCGUCUGUGAGAUAGCCGCGCAGCUGAAAGAGAACUUUGGUCGCAUUUUUUUUUGGGGGGCGGGGGGUCGCACGACCCUUUCACAAGGGUCGCCUAAGACCAUCUGAAAACACAUAAUUAUACUCUACAGUUGUAAAGUAUUAACGAAAAUAAUGUUUGUGGUUGGGGGUCGCAACAACAUGAGGAAAUGUAUUAAAGGGUCGCGGCAUUAGAAAGGUUGAGAACCACUGGCUUAAGGGAACCGAAAUAAAAUAAAAUUUGAAACCCAGUGCACGUUUUAAAAUAAUAUCCAAUCAAUUUUAGUUUUCAGAUUUUGUUACGUUCAAAUGAUACCAACAACAAAAAAAAUGCAAUUUAGAAUUCACAAGCUACUCUAUAUGUGUCUGUUUAUAUGUGAAUAGGUGAUUUGGUGAGACAGAGCCACCCUGUAGCAUUUUGAUAUACAGUGUCCACAAAUUGUCGGUGAUUUUGAUACAGCGUCAUCAACAACGUCAUCAACAACGUCAUCAACAAAGUCAUCAACAACGUCAGCAGCAAAUUCAUCAACAACGUUAUCAACAACUUCAUCAACAACGUCCUCAACAAUUUCAUCAACAACGUCAUCAACAACGUCAUCAGCAACGUCAUCAACAACGACAUUAAAAUUUAUUUUUUUUACUUUAAGCUCUUGCUUGUUUUUUUGUUUUUUUUAAGAUUUGCCACGUCAACGAGAGAUUGAGAAAAUAUAAAAAUGUUCACGUUGCUCAUGUCACGUGACCGGAAAUUUGUUCAUUUUUCGUCAUCUCAUUUUGUUACACCAACAUUGUUUACAAUAAAAUGUUGAGGUCAAGUGUCACAAAAUCUUCACGAAUAUGCGACCAGCGUACAUUUCAGAGACACCUAAAUACUGAUCGAUAUCUUAUUAAGAGUAGUGAUUGUUGUUUUUGUUGACGCACGUUCACCGUUUGUUGUUGAUUUGGUCAUGCGUCGAAAAGUUCUUCAAUGAAUGAUAACGAGAUGUGGCAACACGGAUGAUCCACGCCUGGCACGAUGGAUCUGCUGGAUUACGUUGGAUAGCAUCGACGAUAUUGUUGAUAAUCCGGUUGGAUUUGUUGACAUAACCGGAGGGGGGGAUUUUUUGACAUAACUGGUGGAUUUGUUGACAUAUCCGGUGGACUUUUUUACAUAUCCGUUGGAUUUGUUGGCAUACCCGGUAGAUUUGUUGACAUCCCCGGUGGAUUUGUUAACUCGGUGGAUUAUAGAGCAGACGCAUUGAAUUAAUUUUUUUUUUUAUCAAAAUCAUUUGUGAUGCAUGACAAGUGCCUUAUAUGAAUACCCGCACACUUGAAUGUUUCAACAGACCUCACAGUGUCACAAUGGAAAAUGCCACAGUGUCACAUGUUGAAAUGUCACAAUGUCACAGUGUCACAAUGUCACAGUGUUACAGUGUUACAAUGUUAAAAUAUUAAAAUGUCACAAUGUCACCGAGCCCCGAUGUUAAAAUGUCAGAAGUAAUAAGAGAGACAAACACAAAAAUUAUUUAAUAAAUUUCUGCACACCUCCAAACUGGUCUUUUGUUCAUGUGAGUUGUUAGCGUCUGGCUGGUUUUAAGACGCCACCUGCAUUCUCAAAGAAGCCGUAGAAAU